CAUAAUAGGAUUUCGGCGAUAACGGUGGUCGACCGGGGAGGUGGUCGGUUUAUUUUUAAUAUCAAUUUAACGGAUUUCCGUCCAGCACUCGGAAAACACAGUUGUGCUUGCGUUAUAAUUUAUUGUAAUACGUAAUACGUAUCGCCAACCUCGUAUAAUUAUUGGUCUAACGCGCGCGCAUCGUUUUCGACGUCGGUGCCCGGGGAGUCGGUCGAUUGUUAUUAUUUUCAUUAUUAUUAUUAUUAUUAUUAUUGUUGUAGAAUUUUUAUUAGUCUUGUCUAUUCGUACAAACACGUCCUACACGCGGCCUCCACUUCGUUUGUAAUUAUUAAAAUGUAUUACUAUUACUGCUAGUGCGUUAUGCUAUGAACACGGUGUGCAACCGUUCCAAAGCUUUUCAAGCCGGUGCCGUUCUUGUGUUGAUACCGUCACCCACCAACAUUUGGAGUGUCCGCGAUGGCCAAAUUCGUCGUUGAAUUUUCUCCACCAGAAAAAAUUAAAUUUGAACCAGAUUGUGUUACUGAUUCAGUUAUCAAUUAUUGCAUGGUAUUAGCUCCAUUCCAAAAACAUACUCAAGUAGAAUUUAACAAUAUUAAGUUAAAAGAAACGGCUGUUAGAUUUUUAACACUUAUUAAUCCACUUGACAAACCUGGACAGUUUGUUUUACCCUCUCCAAGUGAUGGUGUAUAUUUCAAUGUUUAUGAAUUCACCUUAGAACCUAAGUCACAAUGCGAGCUAUCAAUAACUUGGCAGCCCUCAAAAUAUGGAAAUAUGCGUAAAUUAAUUAAAAUAGAACAAGUGGAUAGCAAUAAAAAAUAUGAUUUUGUUAUAUUGGGAAAUUGCAAUGGGUCUCCUUUCAAAAAGUCUAAGGAUACUAUUACAACAUAUUCAAAACUCAAGAAUUCUAAUUUGACUAAAAAACAAUUCAACUGUAGCCGAAAUAAAGUAUUACCAAAGAAAACUGUUGGCUAUAAAACAGAAAAAAUAACAGAAUCUGUUAGUACAGAAAUUAGUAGAAGACAAACUUAUUUAGUUGGAGAAAAAGAAAAUCUUCCAGUUGUAAAUAAGAAUGUAUUGAGUCGAGAUACCAUUUUAUCAAGUCCUGAACAUAAGCCUAAACGUCCAAAUCAGAGACGUCAUGAUUAUAUUUUCAAUAAUGAUUUUAAUUUAAAUAAAAGUUCUAGUCCAUUAAGUGAUGAUUCCUUAGAAAAGUCAUUAAAGAAAUGUACUUUUAAUAAUUCCCAAUUUAUUAAUGACUUCUGUUUAACACCAUUAAAAUCUAAUGAAAACUACAACUCUCCAUACAAUUCAACAAACAAAUUUGAUAGUUUUGAUUGUACUGAUGGGCCAUUUGCUUUAACUUCAACAAAUUCAUUAUCAUUUAAAUUAGAAGAUUCAUCAUUUGUACUACCAGAGUACCCGAAAUCAACAGAUAUAUCCAUGAAUCUAUGUAAUAAAUUUACAAAAGCUGAGAAUGAAUAUAUUAAAGAGAACAUACAAUUUGAAUCAAGUACUAUCCACUCUGAAUCAUUAGUAUCAUCUUCAGAUGUUUAUCAAUCAUCUGACUCCAGUCAAAAAUCUACAUGGACCACUUCAGCGAUUGUUUGGAGUGGUUCAAAAUCAAAAAGACCAUCAUUUGCUAUUAAAAACUCUCCUUAUUACAAAUAUAAUCCAAAAACAUCAAAGAUGUCUAAGAAUAAAUUGAAACAAUGCAGUACAAGUCCUAAAGAAUCCCAGUUAAAAACUACAAAACUUGACAAGUAUGAUCAACAUCUUAAAGAUCUAGCUAAUCCACUGCUAUGGUAUCACCAAAAAGCUAAAGAUCCAUUUUUGAAUAUGUCACAAUAUUAUGAAGCAGAAUGGUUGAACCGCCAAGAAUCUGAUAUGAUUCGAUGGUUAAAUACUUUGCUUACACCAACUGAUAAGUUGGCUGAUGAAGAACAUUCAAACGACUUAGAGGAAGCAGCUAUGGCUUGGAUAGAAGCAUCCAAAACAUCUCAUAAAAAUAAACCAAUGCAAUUGGCUACUGAGAAAGAUCUGUUUGUAGCACAAAUUUACAGAAAUUCACCACAACAGUGGAGUGCAUUGCGCAAAGCCACUACAAAUCUCAUUACAUCUACAAGUGUUACAUCAGUCCUAUCUAAAUUGACUAUUUCAAUUGAAAAGGAUCUUAUAACUGUUCGGGAUGAUCGUCAGAUACAUUUGGACUUAAGCUUAAAGAAAAAAGUUAUUGAUCUAUUCAAAUGUUACAAUCCACUAUGGUUUCGAAUAGGCUUGGAAGCUAUAUAUGGUCAAAUUAUUAAAGUAAAACCUGGUUCUAAUGAUUUAGAUGGUAUUGGCUGGUUUGUCCGUAAAAAUCUGUUUAAUAGCGAUUAUGUUAAACAACAAUUUACCAAAACCACUGUACUUCAAGUGAAUCUGCCUUCAUAUAAUACAGCUAUGAAAAAAUUUAUUUUAAGAAAAAUACUUAUGCUCAUAUAUUUUUUGGACCGUGCUAAAGAACAACAAUUAAUUAGACAUAACCCAUGCUUGUUCAGAACUAACUCUCUGUAUAAAAGUAGCUAUGACUUACUGAUGGGAUUUUGUGCGGAUAUGGUCACUGCCCAUGGAGAUAUAAUUCGUCGUCUACGAAAUAUUGGAUACAAUUUAAACCACAAACAAUUGCAUUUAGACGAAGUGAACUAUGCUGUCAAGUCUUUAAAUGAUUUGAGGGACGGUACCAGAAUUACCAGAGUAGUAGAAAUUUUAUUUAAAGGUAAUCCACUAUCACAAAAACUAAGACUUCCAGCUAUAUCAAAAUUACAAAAAAUCCAUAAUGUGAAUUUAGCCUUCACCCGAAUAUCACAACACAUAUCUAUUGAAGGCAAUAUAAGUACUCGAGACAUUGUAAAUGGACAUAGAGAGAAAAUACUAUCAUUAUUCUGGCAGAUCAUCUACAAAUAUUUGACUCCUCGAUUCAAUAAUGCUGCCACAAAAAUUCAAAACUGGUGGAGAAACAGCAGUCUUAAACUGGUUAUAUUAAAAAGAAUCCGAGCAAAACAGAUUGCUAAACGUCAUUUUGCUGCUACUAAAAUACAAGCAUGUGUUCGUGGCUAUUUAAUUAGAAACCAAUGGCCUCAUUUGGAAGCUGAAUUGAUUAAAAAUCGUGAAAUGUUGCACAUGGCUUCCAAUACAAUCAAACUUUAUCUAAAAAACAAACUUAUGCUCUUAACUGAUGAAAGAAAACGCUUUAUAAUUUUGAAAAAAACUGUUGUUAAUAUUCAACGAAAAUUUAGAACAAAGAUGGCUAUGGUUAAGGAACGAAAAAAGUAUUUAAAAGCCAAACAGUCAGUAAUAAUAAUUCAAAAAGUUUUCCGUGGUUAUAUUAUAAGAAAAAAUUUGCUUCAAAUUAAGAAAAAUUUGUCAGCAGAAAAAUUAAAAAGAAUUAUUGCAAUCAAUAUUAUUAAACGUGCAUUAAGAAAAAACUUACCACUGACUGAUGACCGUCAUAAAUUUUUGAAAUUGAAACAAACAGUAUUAUACAUUGAAAAUUUGUAUAUAGCUAAUAAAUUAAUGAAAUUAGAAAUGGAACAUUAUACCAUUUUAAAAAACAGUGUUGUAUUCAUCCAACAAAAAUUUAAAGCUAAUAUCAUAAUGAAAAGAGAACGAAGAAAUUAUUUAAAAACCAAAGAGUCUAUUAUAUUAAUUCAAAAAAUAUUUCGUGGUUUUAUGGUUAAGAAAUAUUGGUCAGUUAUGCAAGUUCAAUUGUUGUCAAAAAAAAAUAAACGAAUUAACGCUGUUAAUGUAAUCAAACGAGUUUUAAGGCAGAAUUUACCAAUAACUACAGAUCGUCUUGAAUUUUUGAAAUUAAAAUAUACCGUGUUGUUUGUUGAAAAACUUUAUAUAGCCAAUAAAUCCAUGAAAAUGCAAAUGGAGCAUUUUAUUGCCCUUAAGAAAAUGACAAUAUUUAUCCAACAAAAAUUUAGAGCUAAUAUUGCAAUGAAAAAAACACAAAACAAUUAUUUGAAAAUCAAACGGUCUACUAUUUUAAUUCAAAAAAUAUUUCGUGGUUAUAUGAUAAGAAAAUAUUGGUCAGUUAUGCGAUUUAAUUUAUUAUGCGAAAAAAAAAAGCGAACCAAUGCCAUAAACAUAAUAAUACGAACAUUAAGAAAAAAUCUACCAAAAACUCAAAUUCAAAUCAAUUUCAUCAAGUUAAAAGUUGCUGUGUUAUUCAUUCAACGAAUGUGGAGAGCUAAUUGUUUGAUGAAAAUACAACAGAAACAAUAUACAAAUUUACGAUAUGCCGUCAUAUUUAUACAAAGAAAGUAUAGAGCUAAAAUCAAGAUGCGUACAGAUCGUCAUAAAUAUUUGAAAAUCCAACAAUCUUUAUUGUUGAUUCAAAGAGUAUAUCGUGGUUUUCUUGUUAGAAAGAACUGGAUGAAUGUUAAAACCCAUCUUAUCAUGAUUAAAACUAUGCGUAUUAAGUCAGUAAACAUUGUCAAACACUUCAUACGAAAAAAAUUACCACCUACUCAGGAUGAAUUAUAUUAUAAUAAAUUAAAACAUUCAACAUUAAUCAUUCAAAAACGGUACAGAGCUAAUGUUGCUAUGAAAAAACAGAGAGAAGAAUUUCAAAUGUUAAAAAAUAGUGCUAUCAUCUUACAACAAAGGUUCCGAGCAAAGCAAGCAAUGGACACUGCAUGGAAGCGAUACACAAAACUUAAGAUCUGUACGAUACAACUUCAAAGUGCGAUCAGAGGUUACUUGGCACGAAAACAGUGGCCUGAACUUCGGAAUCAACUACAAAUUUAUCGAACACAUUUGUUCCGUUGUGCCAUGAUAAUUCAAAAAGCUCUACGGAAGAAUUUGCCAAUAACAAAAGAACGUAUUCAAUUUUUGGAACUUAAAAUGUCAGUCAUAGUUAUUCAAAGAAGAUUCCGUGCUAAUAAUAAAUCAAAAAAUCAGAGAAUUGAAUUCCUACGAUUAAAAUCUGCAAUUAUUAUGUUACAAAGCUUUGCCAGAGGGUAUUUAUUUCGGCAUCAAACAUGGCCAACAUUUCGUAAUAGUUUGUUAGAAACCCGUUCUCGGUUGGAAUUAUGCAGUAAUAUAAUAAAAAGAUGCUUACGGCUGCGUUUGCCAAUGACGGAAGAUCGUAAAAUAUUUAUCAAAUUAAAAGCAGCAACAAUAGUGAUCCAGAGGAGAUAUCGGGCUAAUCAAGCGAUGAGAUAUCAAAGUUAUAAAUAUAUUAAAAUUAGAAUGGUAACAAUCAUGUUGCAAAGUUUUGCAAGAGGUUAUCUGUAUAGGAAAAUAAACUGGCCAGCACAAAAAGCUGAACUAGUUGUUCAUCGGCAAUAUUUAAUCCAAUGUGCUAAUACAAUUAAGAGGAUGCUAAGAAAACAUGUGGUCAACAAUGACCGUCAACAAUAUUUGGAGCUCCGAAAUGCUGCAGUUAUAAUUCAACGUAGAUUCCGAACCUACCUCCAAGCCCUUAAGUAUCGUAAGUUAUGUGCUGCUGUCUUGAGGGUUCAGCAAAGAUUCCGGGCAAAUGUUGCUGCAAAACUACAAUGGAUAGAAUACAACUAUACUAGGUCAAUGAUAAUCUUAUUACAGGCUUAUGCCAGAGGAUACCUGGUACGAUGCCAAUGGCCCAAAACAAGGCAUGCACUUUUAAACCAUAGAAAUCAACUGACAACAGCUAGUAACACUGUAAAGAGGUUCUUAAGACAAUGCUUACCAACUACACCUGAACGUUCAUAUUACCUAAAACUUCGGUGGGCUGCAAUUGUAGUACAGACGCGGUAUAGAGCUAUGGUGUUAGCAAGACUUGUACGGGCUAAAUAUCUUCAAAUACGGCAAUGUGCAAUCAUCAUUCAAAGGUAUUACCGAGCACAUCGAACCAUUCAUGCAGCAAUUGUGUUGCAGACUCAUAUCAGAGGUUACUUGGCUCGUAAACAAUGGCCACAACUCAAGGACCGCUUGGUAACUGAACGGAAAUUCGCGGUUGAAACCAUGUGGGUAAAUCACAAUGCUGCAUCUAUGAUACAAGCAGCUGUCAGAGGAUUUUUAGCUCGUAAAAAAUUUCCGGAACUUAAGGAUCAAUUACAGACAGAAAAACAAGUGCAUGCUGCCAUAUUAAUACAAACAUUUUGGAGAGGUUAUUACAUACGAAAAAAGUAUAAAUGCCGACAACAAACCAUAAGAAUACCAAAAAAAGAUGCUCUGACAUUGGCCAAACGACAUAAUGAUGUUGUGGAAGUGUUAAACAAGCAAAAAAAAAAUGAAUACUCCUAUAAAGAACUAGUUACGGUCUUCUGGAACUUGGACACGUGUACAUCUUUAUCUAAAGAGUUAUGUAUAAAAACUGCUGAAGGAAAUAUAGUGGAUUAUAUUUUUCAUUUCCUACAGUAUUCUAAUCAAUCACAACCUAGCACCGAGGCACGUGAACCAGCAAUCCGUGUACUCAUCAACCUGCUUAGGUACCAUGAAACAUCAUGGAUUAUUUGGACUAGAGUUAUAAAUGCUAAUAUGUUCAAAGAACUGAUUAAAAUUAUGAAAUCGUGCUGUGGUAAAUUCGGUGUUGCUAAAAAACUGUAUUGUUCAAUUGCUACCUGGAUAUGGAUAGCUCUACAAGAUCCCAAUAAAAAAUUAUUUAUCAAAAACUUUUCAAUUGCUAUUGUUGACUUGAAGUUUAUGAAAGAUUUGCUAAAUCGAAGAUACAAAUCACACAAAGUGGACAAAAAAGUAAUGAUUUUACCAUCAACACGUCCCACAUGGUUCAUUGGUUCCAAGUGCCAAAAAUGUUUUGAAUCUGAUGUUUAUGCCAUAAAUCAAGUCUGCAAAAUGUUAUAA